AUGUUUUGUGAAUUAUGUAGAGUUGAGUUUUCAUCAUCGAAUAAAAAGAAAUCCUGUAAAAUGUGUGGCUCAGUACAGUGUUCGAAUUGUUUGAGGUUUAAACUUAAAAAAAUCAAGCCAGUAUGUUUGGAUUGUUAUUAUGAUAAAAAAAGUGUGAAUGACCCUGAAGAAAAACUUUGCUCAUUCGCUUCUUCAAGUCGUGCAUUUAUUGUAGCAUCAAAUCUAAAACCUAAUAAAACUAAUCAAGAAGUUCGCUCACGCAAUGAUCCGAAGACUGAUGAACUUGUUAAGAGGUUUGAGAACCUUAAGAAGAAUCAAGUCAAAGCAGAAGAUGUUUCUCUUUUAGAAUAUCGAUUUCGACAGCUCAAAGGACUGACUGAGGAAAAACCUGCUUCUUCUGAAAACUCUUCAUUGUCAAAGACCGAUCGAGUUUCUAAACUUGUGGAACGGUACAUUGAAGAAGCACGAAUUGAUUCAAAAUGUAGCGUUGAUUUUGGUCUGGAUGAUGAUCCUACUGAAAAGGAAAAUUUUCCUUCGUGCUAUAUGUGUGAUGGAGUUGCUGAAUUUUCGUGCAGAGAAUGUGACGAUAAUUUUUGCCAACGGUGUUUCAAUAAAACGCACAAUAAACGAGAGAGAUUCGAACAUCAAACUGGGAUUUGCAAAUAA